CCCGAGUUUUGGUCCCACGAACUGAGUGGCGUAGUAGGUUGCUACAGAGGUAAGCGACGCUGAUGUGUCGCUUCGAAAUUUAGGUAGCCACAUAACUGUUCGCGACUGGAAUUGUUCAGCACAGUUCACCUCGUUUAUAAGGAACAACAUCUGUUGGACAGGCCAACAUGCUCUGGCUAGCUAACUAGGUAACAACAUCCCGGACUUCCCAAAUUUAGCCUCAGCUAAACCUCUUCCGUUCGGUAGCAAAAUCAUUGUACGUUGUAUGCUUGGGUAGCCAGCGCACACCGCUAGCUUGUUAGAUUAGGAUAUUGUACCAUCUGUCACUGAGAAGAUAGCAGGGCAGUGCGCCAGCCAGAUAACAUCCUGGAUUGAGAAAACCCUCCCACUUCGCAAAGAGAGCAGGUACAGCAACGUUUGGUCCCUUGGAGACCUGAGGAUUCCUCCUUAAGGAUUUACUCACCAGGCACACUGCCUGCUUCAGUCCAUUUCACAAACUUCACAUUUGACUGAGGACUGCAAGAAGAACCACCUCAAAAAAGCGUAGGUGGGGAAAAAAAAUAAAGGGCACUUUUAACGGAAUUGACUCUGUCACAAUCCUCUAUAGUUUUCUUGCCGGCGGACAGAUGACUGACUAGGCCGGUUUCAUUUGAGUGGCUCUGUUGGUGGUGAAAGAGAAAUAAGCUAGUGGACGUAACCGAAGACAGGAAAGACCAGCUGCUGAAGGGGGGCAUAAGUAAAGCACGGACUUCCGGCUGACAGGGGCGGGGGGGGUUCCCCGCGGAACGCUCAUGUCCAUGGAGGUGGAUUUCCACCCUUCUGCUCGGGGGAGCCCGGUGUGCCAGCACAACAGGCUGUGGAGACUGUGGCCUUAAGAGGGCCAGGAAAGGGAAGGGAAGGGAGUCCCUCAGGGGGAGUCCGGCCAAACUGUUUAUCUCUGCUCACAAUUACCCUUUUCUUCUCGCUUCCUCACACCCCCCCCUCCCACCCCUGACCGCCAAGAUGGGCUGGUUCCCCUCCCCAUUUGACAACCUGCUAUGCAUGCUCCUGGGCAUCUCCUUCACCGUGUGGUUCACGCUGCUGCUCGUCUUCAUCAUCGUGCCGGCCAUCUUCGGCGUCUCCUUCGGCAUCCGCCGCCUGUACAUGAAGACCUUGCUCAAGAUCUUCGAGUGGGCCACACUGAGGAUAGAGAGAGGAGCCAAGGAGAAGAACCACCUGCUGUACAAACCCUAUACUAAUGGCAUCAUCGCCAAGGAGCCCACCUCCCUGGAGGAGGAGAUCAAGGAGAUUCGGCGCAGCGGCAGCAACCGUGACCUGGGCGCGGCGGCCGCCUUCGAGAUGUCCGACAUCUUCUACUUCUGCCGGCGGGGCGUGGAGAGCAUCAUGGACGACGAGGUGACCAAGCGCUUCUCGGCCGAGGAGCUGGAGUCCUGGAACCUGCUGACCCGCAGCAACUACAACUUCCAGUACAUCAGCCUGCGGCUGACCGUGCUCUGGGGCCUCGGUGUGCUGAUCCGCUACGGCUUCCUGCUGCCUCUCAGGGUGACACUGGCCUUCACUGGAGUCGGGCUCCUUGUGGUUCUGACCACCAUGAUUGGCCUCCUGCCCAAUGGGAGGAUGAAGAACUUCCUCAGUGAGAAGGUGCACCUGAUGUGCUACCGGAUCUGCGUGCGGGCCCUGACUGCCAUCAUCACUUACCACGACAGCGAGAACAAGCCGAAGAAUGGCGGCAUCUGUGUGGCCAAUCACACCUCGCCCAUCGACGUCAUCAUCCUGGCCAGCGACGGCUGCUACGCAAUGGUGGGGCAAAUUCAUGGAGGCCUGAUGGGGGUUAUUCAGCGGUCCAUGGUGAAGGCCUGCCCACACAUCUGGUUUGAGCGCUCUGAAGUCAAAGACAGACAUCUGGUGGCCAAACGCCUGAGCGAUCAUGUGGAGGACAAAACCAAACUGCCCAUCCUCAUUUUCCCUGAAGGCACCUGUAUCAACAACACCUCUGUUAUGAUGUUCAAGAAGGGCAGCUUUGAGAUCGGUGCCACGGUGUACCCCGUUGCCAUCAAGUACGACCCACGCUUCGGAGACGCCUUCUGGAACAGCAGCAAGUUCGGGAUGGUCAACUACCUGCUGAGGAUGAUGAGCAGCUGGGCCAUCGUGUGCAGCGUGUGGUACCUGCCGCCCAUGAGCCGAGAGGAAGGAGAAGAUGCUGUGCAGUUUGCUAAUCGGGUAAAGGCAGCCAUUGCCAGGCAGGGAGGGCUGGUGGACUUGCUAUGGGAUGGCGGGCUAAAGCGAGGGAAGGUAAAAGACACUUUCAAAGAGGAGCAACAGAAGCUGUACAGCAAGAUGCUGGUGGGAACCCCCGAGGACCGCAGUCGCUCGUGA